AUGGAAAAGAAGUCCGAAAACAAUGAUGACCCAGUGCUUUUGGCUAUUGGUGGCUGCGAUGACAGCAAGCACCAGUCUAUGUGCAAGCUGAAGCGCUGCGCGCGGUGCAUUUGGAACAGCCACAAAGACCGAUGGAAGGAAAAGUGCCCUUGGUUGGAUGCACGGGUCAAUGCCACUACUCACAAGUGGGGAUUGGGUUGCAAGACUUGCUCUAACGCCUAUGAGACGGCGCCUGAUCGAAUGCGCGUGUUUCACGCAUCCAAGCAUCACUUUGCUCGUUUUGAAGUCUGUGGCGGAGACCUUCGUUUGCAGAGAUUUGCCAAACAUGCUUCAUCGCCAGCCCACGAGUAUGCUGUGGGAUUGACAUCCCCGGACAACAACAUGAGCGAGGAGUCUGCUACGGCUCCACCAGUUGAGCAAUGGAUGGCCGUCCUGGACCACACCAAGCCCGAAGGCUGCACCACGGAAGUGUCAGAUGCGGGCAGGAGGGCCAAAGUGGCAAUGAUGAGAUAUUGCCUUUGUGAAUCAGCUCGGGUCCAGCAGCGGGAAAAAGUAGGACGGGCAGAGACGAUAUCCUUGCAGCAAGAUGUUCGUGGAAAUCGGUUUCUGCUCCGGUUCAAGGCCUGCGGCAAGGAUUUGAAUGUAACAUCUGGCACAGUCGCUCUGAGAAAAUUUGCAAUGACGCCAGAAAUUCCUGGAGCUCAAGCAUUGACGCACGCGACCUUCAAGGCCAUCGAGCAAUUCUGCACUCCAGCGUUGCCACCAGCCUACGGGCAGAAGCGCAGCCCUCAAAGUGACAGCGCUCCAAAGACCGACAAGGAUCUCUAUGACCGUAUCUUAGAGAAGGUCGAAUGCAUCGCAGCAGAUGCUGCAAGCGACGAACAAUGUGCCUUGCGCGAAAUAGCCGGGUUAGGCGGUACUCAAUUGCUGCGGCUGCCAGGGGCUUUGGCAAGUUCCUUUCCAAAUCUGAAGGCAUGGGCUUGGCAACAUUGGGUAGAUAGGCUGCUAUCGCGACCAUUUCACGCAGAUGAAGUGCUGCAAGGCAUCAUGACGGAGCUGGUGGAGAAGCCGUCUUCGAUCGCUAGAUUGCUUUCCAACUCCACACACAUCCAGUCUCUGUUUGACGACUUUAAGAAGAAGUGCCGUCAGCCUAUCAAAGUGUCUCAGCAUCUUCAUGACCUAGCCUUUGCGCCGCAGAGGUAUGCGUCAGAGGCAAAAACCUUGUCUCGACUUGUGCUGCUGUGGGACAGUGUGCUUGCAGUGCUGACUGCGGUCCCGACGUGGCGAGGCCCACGGUCGACUGAGGGAUCGGCGUGCCUCGACACUCUUCGCUUCCUUUCCGAGGAGCGUUUGCUGUUACUAGGCAUGAUGGCAGACGCCGCGCUCCAGCUAAGCCAGCUGGUCCACACCUUCGACAGCGAAAGUUUUGAAGAAUGCGAAUUAUCCAAGGAGUUGGACCAUUACCGGGAGAUUGUGCGAAAAUUGUUCGUUGAGGGUAUGUGCUUGUCAGUUCCUGGAUGCACCAAAGUGAUGAUGUCGUUCUUGGAAGAGCUACGUUGCAUCAACGUCAGUGGGGUAUCUCUUAGGCUGGGCGGUUUGACCGAAGCAGUCAAGAAGUCAUGCCUCAACAGAAUGGCGUGCUAUGUCUGCGUCAUGGAGAAGGUUUUGGAAGCCGAGUUUCCGUCGUGGGAACUGAUGAGCGCGUGGUCAGUGUUCAGCUUGGACUCGGCCAAAAAACGGCAGCCGGAAGCAAUUCUCACAAGCCAGCGCAAACUAUGUCUCCAGAAGCUGGCCCAAGCUGCCAAGGUGGACGAACAGUCUUUAGAGUGGGAGUUUGCACACUUUGAGCCCAUCGCUUCGAAAUUUUUCCACCAAGAAAGACUCUCCACGUUUGCCGCCUGGCGGAAAGCAAUCACCUCCACUGCAAAGUCAAGGGGCUCGCACAGCUGCGAAGCCGCAUUGCUUCCAUGUCUUUGGCGACUUGGUGCCUGGUCAUCUAGCAGUUGUGACGUCGAGCGUGGCUUUGGCAAAGCGCAGGCGGCAAAACAGAUUGGACAAAGCCAGGAUGAGCAUCUUGCCAAGGAGCAAACGGUUUUGAUCUUGCAACAGGACGUUCUUCCGCACUACAGCUCUGAAGAUGUGAAGGGUUUGGUCUUUGACGCCAUGAAGUUGUGGAACAGUCUGUGCGGCAAAGCGCGGCAGAGUGGGCAAACAAAGCGGUCUCAAAGAUGGGACGCUGGUUUGCCAAGGAAACAACUGAAAGAUGGUGAAGCAGGUUUUCUGCAAGCGCGCUCUUUGGUAGCGAGUUCCUUGUCUGGGCCUUUGGGGGAAGUUGCGCCAAAAGUCGUAGCCUCCCCUGCGGACAUGGGCAACCUGUUCACCGAGAAGCAGAUGAAGGAGCUUGCUUUCUGCGACUCCAAGGCUCGAAAAGCCAAGCUUGAGUCCAUGCUGAUGGGCGCCAUGGCCCCAUCAGAGAUCACUCCGGCCAUGUUGGAGUUGGCCGGUGAGUACGCAGAGAAACUAAGGAAGAACCAGAGAGAGAGGUUGAGAGACCAGACGAAGGAGAAGGAUCAGAUUGUCAAAUCUGCCGCCGCUUGGCUAGCUGGAAGCUUGGCAGAGGCUACCCUGAUUGCUGCACGCGACCCGAGCCGGCCUUCGCAAGAACAACUGUUUGUCGCAUCUCUUACAGGAGCCAGCAUUGUUUCUCUGGAAUUUUUGCACAGCAAGGGGGAAAAGGGCGUGGCCUGCGCGUACAAGGCUGCAGUGCGCACGAAGAGAUUCCUCUAUGUGACAGCUAGCUUCAUGCAGCAGCACUUGUGCUUGUGCCGACAUUUGGCAGCAGUGAUGAACCUAGUGCAUUGCAAAUGGGAAAUGAAAGCGCUUCAAGACCUUCGGCAAGAGAUGAGCGGCCCUCUCCCGAUCAACAAGAACCGGCAGAUCCUUGUGCUGCGAGGUGACGAGGAAAACGAGUGGGUGGGCACUUUGAAGCAUUACUUGACUUUGGAGCAGGCCUUGCAGGAUCCUAUCAUUAGCAGUGUAGAUCCUUGCCGCAGCCGCACUGGCAUUGCUCCGUCGUUCUGA